GUAUUCUGUCGAGAUGGUCAUGGCGGAGGGUACUGCAGUUCUCAGGAGGAAUCGGCCUGGAACCAAGGCAAAGGAUUUCUACAACUGGCCGGAUGAAUCAUUCGAGGAGAUGGACAGCACCCUGGCGGUCCAACAGUACAUUCAGCAGAACAUUCGGUCAGAUUGCUCCAAUAUCGACAAAAUCCUGGAGCCUCCGGAGGGUCAGGAUGAAGGCGUGUGGAAGUACGAGCACCUCAGGCAGUUCUGUCUGGAGCUCAACGGGUUAGCUGUAAAACUGCAGAGCGAGUGUCAUCCAGACACCUGCACCCAGAUGACGGCCACGGAGCAGUGGAUCUUUUUAUGUGCUGCCCACAAGACACCCAAAGAGUGUCCUGCCAUCGACUACACCAGGCACACGCUGGACGGAGCUGCCUGCCUCCUCAAUAGCAACAAAUACUUCCCCAGCAGGGUGAGCAUCAAGGAGUCCUCGGUGGCCAAGCUGGGCUCCGUCUGCCGGCGCAUCUAUAGGAUAUUCUCCCACGCCUACUUCCAUCACCGCCAGAUAUUCGACAAGUACGAGAACGAAACCUUCCUGUGUCACCGGUUCACGCGCUUCGUCAUGAAGUACAACCUGAUGUCCAAGGACAACCUGAUCGUGCCGAUUCUGGAGGAGGAAGUUCAGAACACCUCGUCAGCCGGAGAGAGCGAAGCCUAACAGCUGCUGCCAUAAGGGAGACACAUGUAAACACAGCAUAUGUACACAACACAUCCCGCACACACACAAACACACACUACAGUGUAUCGAGGCUCCUGUAGUCACACUGUCCAUGUCCCUCCAUCACGAGUCCAUCUGCAGGGAGUAAAGAGAACCAGGAGCAGAGUUCAGCCUGCAGGACCACUUCAUCUAUUUACUGGUGUUCUGCUUCACGCUCCUCCUGUAGGACCGACCCGACCCGACCCGACCUGACCCGACCCUCGAACGUCCACAGGAAGCCGCUCUGUUGCUGCGUCCACCAAACGUUAUCGCAGCGUUCGGUCAGUUUCAGUGUUUGCAGCAGUUUGAACCGUGUAGUUUAGAUCAGUGGUCGUACCUGAGCGACUCUGAGCCUCGGACUUCAUCCAUCGUCUCCUUCUUAGCUGUCAGUUUAGCUCAGUGAAGGUAAAGCAGUGAUUUUUAUCUGCAGCUCUCGGGCCUCUAACGUCUGCUGGUUGAACCUAAACCAGAAUAAACCAAAAAAAUGCCUAAAUUAAAACUGCAGGGACUUUCUGAGGACCAGGAACCUUUGUAAUGAAGAAACUGAAGUCUGGAAGGUUUCAUCUUAAAGUCGUACUUUCUGACGUCGUUCGUUAGUGUUGGUUCACUGGUUGGGCAGCUUUCUGCAGGAACUCGGACAUUUAGCGGUCCUUCUGUUUCCAUUAGUGUUGGAUCAGACUGAGCUCCAGCAGCUCUGCUAGCAUGUAGGAGACACGACACUUCAGGUUUGUAAGUUUAGUCUGUGGUCGUUUUAGACAUUGGGCUGUUUCAGGGUUCAGACCUCUGUUCAGCAUGAACCGCUGCAGUGUUGAUGCUGAACCCUGGACGCUGUUUGUUCUGCUGCGUGUCCUCGUCCAGCAGCAGCCUCUCCUCUUCAAGCCGCCACCCAGGUCACAGAAACCUUCCUGUCUUACGUCCUGCGUGCUCGUAGAGCUGGAGUUAGUGUUCUGAGUGAACAUCGCAGCUGUUGGAUGGAAACAAAAAGAGCAGUGAUGUGAACACUCAUGUUGCCUGAGUUCCUGCAGACCUGUGUAAUGCUCGACCAAUCAGCUCCAUGGGAGUGUUUCAGAGGUAGCUGACCUGAGUUCUUGAUUCCUGCCAGAAAUCAGCCACUAGACAGGCUCCGCAGCUUCAGUUCUUCUUCUAAGAACCUCAAAGGCCUCAAGUUCCUGCAGAAGGAGGUCUCUGAUUGACACAAGCAGCCAGUUUUAAGUUCUGUUAAAAGCUGCCGUCGUUUUCUGAAACGUCGGCGCUGAUGGGGCUCGUCUUCGAGUCCUCACAACCUUUAUCUCCUCUCAAAGCCCACACUCGUCCUGAACUCGUCUCCGUCAGAGCUCUGAGCUGCUUCCUGUGGACGUGGCAGGUGGAUCUUCUCUAAGCAGCUGGGUUUGCAGACCCUCGGUAACCAUGGAGACCUGUAAGGUCUAGCCUCCCUCUGUACAUAAAGCCUCCUUCUUCCUCACUGUCAUGUUCUCUGAUGGUGCUUCACUCUUUGUGUCUGCUUCUGUUCUCUUUGCUUGUGUUGCCUGGUUUGGGGGUGUCCCAUGAAACGGAUCACUAAAUUAGCCUGCUGACUUAAUAAUGCUAUUAAAACACAACGUAGAUGUGCGGCUUGUGUGGUAGUGAACAAAGAAAACCUUAAUCUCUAGCUUCGUGCGUGUUCUAGCAGUCGGAUCUUGUUUCUCUUGACUCUUGGGCGAACUCUGAUCCUGCUUUGUGACAUGACCCCACUAUUACUGUGUACGAUGUGGCCGACGCUCCCGAACAGGAAGCGGAGCGGUUUGUAAGCGUCGGGGUGGAUCCUGAAGGAGGGAACAUCGGCCACAUCCAGGUAUCGGAGCACAACCUCUUCUUUAACCCUCCCCUCAUUAAGUUAUUUUGUGGGAGGAGUCUUGUCAAUCCAACCCACUUUUUUUUUUUAAAUGGACUAAAAAAUUUUGUUACUGUCGACAUUUUCAUGAUGUCUGUUAAUAAAAAAGACCUAUUAUUCA